AGGUUUUGGGAGUGGAACCACCAGGCUCCCUCCUACGCAAGGCUGGGGCCUCCGGCAGUGCAGAGCUGGCUUCGUUUUCAGGAAAACAGGAUAAUACAGUGUUGGAAGUUUAUAUGGAUCAGUGGUACGUGCUUAAGAGUGACAGUGGAGAUCAACACUAAGUCUGUUCCUGUAGAUUAAAUUGCAGACUUGAGGCUCUGGACCGACUCACACCAUCGGCAUUUUACUGCUUCUUAGGCUGGUGAUUGUUCCUGAGAAGACAGAAGAUGAUGAGUGAUGCAAGUGACAUGCUUGCUGCAGCCCUGGAGCAGAUGGAUGGCAUUAUAGCAGGUUCCAAGGCGUUGGAAUACUCCAAUGGCAUCUUUGACUGCCAGUCUCCCACCUCCCCAUUCAUGGGGGGACUGCGGGCACUGCACCUUGUGGAGGACUUGAGAGGCUUGCUGGAGAUGAUGGAAGCGGAUGAAAAGGAGGGGCUGCGCUGCCAGGUCCCAGACUCCACGGCGGAGGCUCUCAUCGAAUGGCUCCAAAGUCAAAUGACUAAUGGACACAUAUCUGGGAAUGGAGAUGUUUAUCAAGAAAGGCUGGCUCGUCUGGAAAAUGAUAAGGAAUCUCUUGUUCUGCAAGUAAGUGUGCUUACAGACCAGGUCGAGGCCCAAGGAGAAAAGAUCCGGGAUCUGGAGUUCUGCCUGGAGGAGCACAGGGAGAAGCUGAAUGCCACAGAGGAGAUGCUGCAGCAGGAGCUUUUAAGCAGAACAACCCUUGAAACUCAGAAGCUGGAUCUUAUGGCAGAAAUUUCCACUCUGAAAUUAAAGCUUACAUCUGUAGAGAAGGAUAGAUUGGACUUUGAGGACAGAUUCAGAGACACAGAGGAUUUGAUCCAGGAAAUAAAUGAAUUGCGGUUGAGGGUGGGAGAAAUGGACAAUGAGAGACUCCAGUAUGAGAAAAAACUGAAAACAACCAAAUCUUUAAUGGCCAAACUUUCUAGCAUGAAAAUCAAAGUGGGUCAGAUGCAGUAUGAAAAGCAGCGGAUGGAGCAAAAAAGCCAGAUGCUAAAGGAUGAACUGUCAGCUCUGAAAGACAAACUAGAGCAGAAGGAAGCCGAGGUGAAAAGGUUGCACGAAAAAUUGGUUUGCAAGCUGAAAGGAGAAGGGAUUGAAAUACUGGACAGAGAUGAAAAUUGUAAAAAGAAGCUCAAAGAUAAAAAUAUAGAGGUACAGAAAAUGAAGAAGGCGGUAGAAUCUCUAAUGGCAGCAAAUGAAGAGAAGGAUCGGAAGAUAGAAGAGCUUCGGCAAUCUCUGAACAGGUACAAGAAAGUCCAAGACAUGGUGAUACUGGCUCAAGGUAAAAAAGGCAAGGAAAGUGAAAGUGAAGAUUUGAAUUCAGGGUCUGUUUCCACGGGUUUGUUGGACACACCAAGUCUGACUGACCCAGAGAAAAGCCCAUCCCCAACUCCAGCAACAGCAUCUCCAAUCCAUGAUGAGUUCAAUGUAAAUAUUCAUGAAGAGAAUUCCUUACAGAUCCACACCAGCAUUUUACAGAUUUCAAUCCCUUCCUUUUCAUCGACAUCCAAGAGCUCAGAAACUGUUGCAGAGAGACUGAAAACACACUCUAGGCCAGAUCCUGCAAGUGAAAUGAGUGAAGGAAGAUCAACAGGUUCCUCCCCUGAAACUCAUCUGUGUGAUAGUCCAGUAACUUCCACACUGCAGAAGUCCAGCAGUCUGAGCAGUUUGAGGAAAGACACAUCUGAAGUGGACAGAGACUGUGCACAGAAGCCAGGAGAGCAGGUUAAACCUCCUGUGGAAGGCAAUAAUUUUGCAACCCUCCCUCCCAAGUCUCCUUCCCACGGUGGCACAGGCGACGAGGACAGUUUCGGCACCCGCAAAGCCAGGUCUUCCUUUGGCAGAGGCUUUUUCAAGAUAAAAAAUAACAAGAGGACUGCAAGUGCCCCCAAUCUGGAUCGCAGUCGAAGUGCAAGUGCACCUACUUUAGCUGAAACAGAGAAGGGAUCUGCAGACCACUUAGAUCUGGCUGGCUUGCCCCCUCGCCCAAAAGAAGCAGAUAGUCUGCAGAUGACACCACCUUCUCCAGAUUCCAGGAAAAAGGCCAAGGGAAUCAAGAAGUUGUUUGGAAGACUUAGAAGAAGUCAGUCUACCACCUUCAACCCAGAAGACAUGUCUGAGACGGAGUUCAAAAGAGGAGGGACAAGAGCAACUGCAGGGCCCCGGCUGGGCUGGUCUCGGGACCUGGGGCAGUCCCACAAUGAGCUGGACAUGCCAUUCGCAAAGUGGACCAAGGAGCAGGUCUGCAACUGGCUCCAGGACCAAGGACUUGGCUCUUAUAUCAAUAAUGGCAGGCACUGGAUAUUGUCUGGACAAACACUUCUGCAGGCUUCUCAGCAGGAUCUGGAAAAGGAGCUUGGGAUAAAACACCCUUUGCAUCGGAAGAAGCUCCAGCUUGCUCUGCAGGCACUGGGAUCUGAAGAGGAAAACAACCAUGGAAAACUGGAUUACCACUGGGUUACCAGGUGGCUGGAUGACAUUGGCCUGCCCCAGUAUAAGACCCAGUUUGAUGAGGGGAAGGUGGAUGGCCGCAUGCUCCAUUACAUGAGUGUGGAUGACCUGCUGUCCUUGAAGGUCGUCAGUGUCCUUCACCACCUCAGCAUCAAAAGAGCCAUUCAGGUUUUGAGAAUAAACAACUUUGAGCCCAACUGCCUGCGCAGGAGGCCGUCUGAUGAGAAUAAUGUGACACCUUCCGAGGUCACCCAGUGGACCAACCACCGCGUGAUGGAGUGGCUGCGCUCCGUGGAUCUGGCAGAGUACGCACCCAACCUGCGGGGCAGUGGAGUGCACGGGGGGCUGAUGGUUUUGGAGCCCCGUUUCAAUGUAGAAACCAUGGCCCAGCUGCUGAACAUCCCACCCAACAAGACGCUGCUGAGGCGGCACUUGGCCACUCAUUUCAACCUCCUGGUGGGGCAGGAGGCCCAGCAGCAGAAACGUGAAGCCAUGGAGUCCCCUGACUACGUCCUCCUGACAGCAACUGCCAAAGUCAAGCCAAAGAAACUUACCUUCAGCAAUUUUGGGAGCCUGAGGAAGAAGAAGCAGGAUGAUGUGGAGGAGUAUGUGUGUCCUAUGGACCUGGGGCGAGCAUCUGGGAGUGGAUCGAAGAAGGGCUUUAAGCCUGGCCUGGAUAUCCGAGUAUAUGACGAUGAUGAUUUGGACAGGCUGGAGCAGAUGGAAGAUUCAGAAGGGACGGUGAGGCAAAUAGGAGCAUUUUCUGAAGGCAUCAACAACUUGACACACAUGCUGAAGGAAGAUGAAAUGUUCAAAGACUUUGCCACUCGCUCUCCUAGCACCAGUAUAACAGAUGAGGACUCCAACGUGUGACAGUCACCGCCAGGCACUGACAAAGGCUCGUUCUCCUGCAUGCAAGGACAUCCCUGUUCCACGUGACAGGCAGCAGAUCAUGUACUUUACAUUGCUCUUGCUUCUGUUUGUUGGAAGUAACACUGAGGGGUGGAGAAUUUUAAAGAGAAAAGGAGAAAAAACAAGGUGCCUACUUAAGUUGCCAUAAAAACCACCCAGACACUGGUGAAUGGUAAUUGUUUUAACUCUAUUUAAUGUAAAAACUGGUGGUAUGUUUCAGAGUGUUGCCUUGACAUCGAUGUGGUAUGAUAGUGCUCCUUUUGCUUAUUCGUGGCCUCAGAUAAUCCUUUAUACUGUUUGAAAACAACAGAAGAUGUUAGGUGAAAGUGUUGCAUCUGUAGAUACAGCGCAUCAGCUCUCUCUGCGCUCUCAGCUGAAAAAUAAAAGUUACUGCUCUUUUCUAAGUGCUUUUCUUUGGCACAAGCACCGGUUCAGCCCUAUCCAAUGUAGGAUUCUAGAGAUCCGUGCCCUGUGUAAGCUCCCCUGUAGCUCUUGACUGUUGCUCCUAUUUUUAUACUGUUUUGUAUUAAAAAAAAAAAAAAAGAAAAAAUAA